CUCGCUAUAAAGAUCACCUGCUCGGACAACACCCUCUACCGUGUCACACCAGUUUAUGCAAUUGUUGAACCAGAAGAGGUCGUAGUGCUAAAUAUUGGCAGACUUGAAGGUAUGCCAAAAAAGGACCGACUUGGAAUUCUAAUGAUUGACUACACCGGUACUGGAAAUGCUAAAGAUGCUUUUAAGCGAUCCGACCUUCGGCCAGUAACAAUCAACAUUCCUCUUCUAGUAAAAGAAAGCUGA